AUGCCCUCGAUCGUGCGCUCCACCGCUCCAUGGCCUACUUUGACAAAUGAUACAUGUGGCAAGUACAUUGCGGAGCGGCGCGUGCAACGGCGGACAGCAGCAGAGAGUAGCUUCAUGCCGAGGAAGGAAGCAAGAGUUUCUGGCUUGCAGCUGGCUGCAGCUCUCAAGGCGUGGGAUAUCGUCAUGUACCGGCGAUCCUCCACGCAGAACAGCGGCUAUCUGCAUUUUCAGCAUGCAGCUGUCCGACAGAACGUCACUUUCAGCAAGCAAAUCAUGCUCAAGGUUGGCGACAACUCCGAAGGACCAGAUUCGCCAGAAACAGAGGCGCGGGAUGAGAUUCACAGUGCUCAGGCGUCCGAGCGGGACGGUUCGAUCACAGAUGAGCAGACUGACCUCUGA